UUUAACCUGUAUUGUAUAACCUACAACCGGCGGAGAAGGAUCACGUUGUGGGAUCUCAACGAGAAUCUUCUGGAAAUAGAGGUUCGAAGUACUCUUUUAGCGCCUUUAUAGCAUUCCACAUCACACAAAAAUGCUGCGCUUACCUCGUGUUGUUCGUCAAACUGCUGCGCUGCACAAAUUCCAUCAAAAUUCAAGAUUUUACGCCAAAGAUGUGAGGUUUGGAGCUGAUGUAAGAGCACUCAUGCUGCAAGGUGUGGAUGUCUUAGCAGACGCCGUAGCCGUCACAAUGGGCCCCAAAGGAAGAAACGUCAUUUUGGAGCAAUCCUGGGGCUCUCCAAAGAUAACAAAAGAUGGUGUGACAGUUGCCAAGGGAGUAGAAUUGAAGGACAAAUUCCAGAAUAUUGGUGCUAAACUCGUGCAGAAUGUUGCAAACAACACUAACGAAGAAGCCGGCGACGGCACCACGACCGCAACAGUACUCGCACGAGCCAUCGCCAAGGAAGGAUUCGAAAAGAUCUCGAAAGGUGCCAACCCGAUCGAGAUCAGAAGAGGCGUAAUGCUCGCCGUGGACGCGGUGAAGGAUAAACUAAAGAACAUGUCGAAGCCCGUAACCACCCCCGAAGAGAUCGCUCAGGUGGCAACUAUCUCCGCCAACGGUGACAAAGCCAUCGGCCAACUGAUCUCCGACGCCAUGAAGCGCGUCGGCCGCGACGGCGUCAUAACCGUCAAGGACGGCAAGACCCUCAACGACGACCUGGAAGUGAUUGAAGGUAUGAAAUUCGACAGAGGUUAUAUUUCACCAUAUUUCAUCAACUCCUCUAAGGGAGCCAAAGUAGAGUUCCAAGAUGCUCUUGUCCUGUUCUCUGAGAAGAAAAUCAGCAAUGUACAGACAAUUAUCCCUGCUCUGGAGAUGGCCAACCAGCAGAGGAAGCCCUUAGUCAUUAUUGCUGAGGAUGUUGAUGGUGAGGCUCUGUCCACCCUAGUAGUCAACAGACUGAAAAUUGGCCUCCAGGUAGCAGCGGUCAAAGCUCCUGGUUUUGGAGACAACCGCAAAGCCACCCUCAGUGACAUGGCUAUCGCCACCGGUGGUGUCGUCUUUGGAGAUGAUGCUAACCUUAUCAAGCUAGAGGAUGUUCAAUUGUCAGAUCUUGGACAGGUCGGGGAGGUUGUUAUUACCAAAGAUGACACCCUCUUGUUGAAAGGAAAGGGCAAGAAGGCUGAUAUUGACAGGAGGGCUGAGCAGCUUCGUGAUCAAAUCCAGGAGACUACCUCUGAGUAUGAAAAGGAAAAACUUCAGGAACGCCUGGCGAGGUUGGCAUCAGGUGUUGCUGUCCUACACGUUGGAGGCUCUAGCGAGGUUGAGGUUAAUGAGAAGAAGGACCGUGUCAACGACGCUUUGAACGCGACUCGCGCGGCCGUAGAAGAGGGCAUUGUCCCCGGAGGUGGCUCAGCCCUCCUCAGAUGCAUUCCAAUUCUGGAGGGCCUCAGCACAAGCAACACUGACCAGGCUACAGGCGUCGAAAUCGUUAAGAAAGCACUCCGCAUGCCGUGCAUGACGAUCGCGCGCAACGCCGGCAUCGAUGGAUCAGUGGUUGUUGCCAAAGUGGAGGACCUCGGCCCCGAGUUCGGUUAUGAUGCGCUCAACAACGAGUACGUGAACAUGAUCGAGAAGGGUAUCAUUGACCCCACGAAGGUGGUAAGGACGGCGCUGACGGACGCGAGUGGUGUGGCGUCCCUGCUCACGACAGCCGAGGCUGUAAUCUGCGAUAUUCCACAGGAGAAGGAGGCCAACCCCAUGGCGGGCAUGGGCGGCGGUAUGGGCGGCAUGGGAGGCAUGGGUGGUAUGAUGUAAAACAAUAGCCUAACAAUGCAUUUAUGGUGUAAAAAGAAACUGUUGUAGCUGGUACUUUGGUACAUCACCUGUUAAAUAGGUAUUGCAAUUACUUGUAGAGUGAACUAGUUAUACAAAUUGUGGAAUGAAUGAAUAAUUAUUUUUCUUUUAUUGAGUCUGAUUGUGUUACAAAGGUAGACGGCCGUCGUUAGAUUUAUUUAGUUUUAUUAUGAUGUUUGCUUGAUUGCGGCGAGCAUGGUGUUAUUUUUAAUAAAUACCUAUAAUGUUUUCUAAA